AGGAGGAAACUUCCAGCCACGAAGGAAGAAAGUCGGACUUUCCAGCUGGUCUUUUAGGGUCUGGCCGGCCCUGUUGGGCAGAGGUGGGGCUGGACGUGACUCCACCCGGCUCCCCGGGGCCACAUUAGUGUGCGGCGGCCCCACAGGUUGCACUCAGGCUCCGUCUGGCACAGCGUCCCCGCGGCCUCCCGCGUCUCCGUCUCUGCGCAGCGCAGGUCAUUACAGAAAGAUGAGGAUAUUAAAUGUCCUUACAUUCAUGACCUACUCACAUUUCCUGAAUGCAUUUACCAUCAGUGUUCCCAAGGACCUACAUGUGGUAGAGUACGGCAAGAAUGUGACGAUGGAAUGCACAUUCCCUGUAGGAAAGCAAUUAAACUUGACUGUGUUAGUUGUCUACUGGGAAAAGGGGGAUAAAAAAAUUAUUCAGUUUGUGGAUGGGGAGGAAGACCUGAAGGUGCAGCACAGCAGCUACAGCCAGAGGGCCCAGCUGCUGAAGGACCAGCUUGCCCUGGGAAAGGCCGUGCUUCAGAUCACGGAUGUGAAAUUGCGGGAUGCAGGGGUUUACCGCUGCCUGAUCAGCUACGGUGGUGCCGACUACAAGCGGAUUACUUUGAAAGUCAAUGCCCCGUACAGCAAAAUCAACCAAAGAGUUUCUGUGGAUCCAGUCACCUCGGAGCAUGAGCUAACAUGCCAGGCUGAGGGUUACCCUGAGGCUGAGGUCAUCUGGACCAACAGUGACCACCAAGUCCUGAGAGGCAAGACCACCAUCACCAAGGGACAGGAGGAGCUUUUCAAUGUGACCAGCACACUGAGAGUCAACACGACAGCCAAGGAGGUCUUCCACUGCACUUUCCAGAGAGCAGGUCCCGAGGAGAACAGUACGGCUGAGUUGGUCAUCCCAGAACCACCUAGCAUAUCUCUACCAAGUAAGAGGACUCACUUGAUACUUCUGGGAGCCGUCCUGUUGUUCCUUGGUGUCCUGAUGACAGUCAUCUUCUACCUGAAAAGAAAUGUGAGAAUGAUGAAUGUGGAAAAAGGUGGCAUCGGAGAUAUGGACUCACAGAAGCAAAAUGCAGGGAUUCUCCGCCUGUGGUCUGGAAGCUUGUCCAGGUACAGCACGACUAGGGACGGAUGGGCGAGCAGGCUGCAGAUGGCAUAGGACUGGGAAGGCCCACACGCUCGCUCCAAAUGGAACCUGGGGAAAAAGAAGGAGGAGAACAGAGAAAGAUGGAGGAGAAAGGGUAGCCUGGAAGGAAAACAUGUUACUUCAGAAAGACUGGGAGACCCAUCGGCGCAGGGGCCAGGGAGAAAAGAUACUUCUGAGCGCCGAGCCUCCAUCGUUCAUUCACCCCGGGAGAACGAACGGGCUGAGGAUCACUGAUUUAAUGGUCAGUUGCUACGGAAGAUCCUUUUUCUCCAAGCGACACUGCUAGCUGUCUUCUUUGUGACUGAGUGUCCCACUGAUGCAGCAGUAUUUAUGUAUGAAUGUUGACUAUUUAUUUUGAGUCUGCGGGGUCUUCUUGUCAUGAGUGUGGCUGUGAAUGAUUGCUUUUGAAGAUACAUUGUGGUAGAUGUUAAAAUUUUGUCACCAAGUUAAACUCGCUGCUUAAUGAAUUGUUCCCAUCUAGUGAUAGUAAAACAUAUAGUGAUUGGAAGGUGCUUGGUAUCCUAUAGAACGGAUGGUAUAAAUGGAAGCACAGGGAACAAACCAUUGACCUUUAUAGAAUCUUACUUUAUUUUACCCAUUGAUGGUCCAUGAACUGGAAUAACCCUAGUCUCAGAGCUCAAGUGUCCGUUGCAGUAUCUGUGCUGUUCAGAUAUCAGCUUUACAACUAUGUGGUACUCCAUGCAUAUACUCUAUCUCAUUUAGUCACUGUAACAGCCCACUUGUGGUAAGCACUGUUAUUAUGCCCACUUUACCAAUGCGGAACCAGAGAGAGAAAACAACUUUCCUGAGCCUUAGAGUUACACGGCUACCAUGCCCUGUUCUUUUUAGAAUACAAUCUGCAGGUGAAGUUUACCUUGAGCAAUUCAUUCCCUGGACAACCAUUUACCAAGUGCCAGGCAUUGAGUGCACAGUGCUGAGAAGACAAAGUACCUGCCCUCCAGGAGCUCCUAGCCUGGUGGGGAGAAAGACAAGCAUAUUUAUUACAAGUUAGUGCAGCCAUAUGGUAUGAGAUGUUGGGGGAGAACGGUGGCGUGAGGGCAAAAGGCUAGAGGAACGGAGAGAGAUGGAAACCACUUCAGGUGGCCGUCAGUGUGCACCCGGACAGAUGAAUGUACUUAAACAUUUUAAUAAUCAAAGCACUUUUCGUUUAUGAGGACUGUGGGAAAUAACUCUUGAGUUCUUUUUGUGUGAUUAUAUUUAUUCCUAUUUAUUUGCCUUCAUCAUACAAUCUGAUGCUUAUUUAUACGGCGCUAUGAGUCGGUAUCAACUCGACGGCACUGAGUUGGGUAGUAGUAUUAUUGAGCAAUUCUUUCUUUUUUAUUUAAAUGUGAUGGGAUUUUAAAUCUAUGCAUUCCAAAAGUCCAGUAAGAGACUGUGAAAAAUCUCCAUUCCAUCCAGUUUCCCUUUCCUGAUGCAUCCAAUGUGGCCUAUUUUCUGAUAUAUUCUUCUGAAAAUAUUCCAUGAAUGUAUAUGAAAAUGUAUGUGUAUAUAUAUAUUUUUUUUUUCUUUUUGCCUCAACUCACAUAGGUGGUAAUGUAUUCGGCACUUGCUCUGCACUUUGCUUUUUCAUGUAAUACAUUAUGCUGUCUGUAGCAGCCAGAUCCAAACUCGAAGCUUCCAGAAGUCAGGGACCAUGUCUUAUUUGUUUUUAGAUCAGCUUUUCCAUAGCUCCUCUAGUACCCUCCAUGAUGCUUAGAAUAUGCUAAGUACAAACAGCAUAUGCAUUUAGACAGCCUGAUGUACUUGCUCUGUGACUGUGGUGGGAUUGGGUGUAUGUUGGAUUUGCUCAAAGUGAGACUAUGGGUCCCCCAAGGUCCAUUGGGCCAAUCUAGUCCUUAGGAAAAAAGAACAAUCUUAUUAUUAACCCUGUAUGAUGGAGCUGGAGUCCCUGGGUGGUGUAAACAGUUAACACACUCAGCUGCUAACCAAAGGUUGGGAGUUUCAGUUCACCCAGAGGCAGUUUGGAUAAAAGGCCUGGCAAUCUACUUUCGGAAAAUCAGCCACUGAAAACCCUGUGGAACACAGUUCUAUUCUGACACACCUGAGGUCACCAUGAGAUGGAGUUGACUUGACAGCAACUGGUGUUUUUGGUUUCAUGAUGGAAUCAUGAUUGAAACUUUUUUCCCCCAAAAUGAUUUGUUUUCUCUCGAGUAUACCAAACCAAAACCAAAUCCAGUGCCACCGAGUCGAUUCCAACUCAUAGCGACCCUAUAAGAUAGAGUAGAACUGCCCCGUAGAGUUUCCAAGGAGCGCCUGGUGGAUUGGAACUGCCAACCCUUUGGUUAGCAGCCGUAGCACUUAACCACUACGCCCCCAGGGUUUCCUCUCAAGUAUAAACUUGAUUUUAAUGUUACACUUGCAAAUAUACGCAUCCUUUUUGGAAACUCCAGUGGAGUACCUUGACAGCUGGCUGCUCUAGACCCUCACCUGUGCCAGAAAAGGCCCCUUGGUCAGCCUGAACCCUUGAGUCCCGCCAGCUGUCAUCACUGCCCAAGCUCCCUGAGAUUCAGACGCCCUCUCAGGAGGCCUCAGAGGCUUCCUUGCAUCUUGGCAGUUUCCCUAGAUCAAUGACACUUUGCGCACAUGAAAGCUGAAGACGCAGACUCCGACAGAACUUCUGUUGCCUUUUUGCACGUGUUCACUUGUAUCAUUUUCCUUGUUUGUGUGUAGGACAAGCAAGGAUUCUGACUGAGCCAGGUAUGCAGGCUACUCAUCGUAUUCCAAAGUCUUAACACCCCUACCCAUGGUGUUGGAUUUGUAAGGCACUUUAUCUUUUUGUCUUGUGUUUCACUGUGAGCGCCAUCGGCAGAGACGUCAUGUAAUUCUGUAUUUGGCUGUCACUGUUUAUACCUGCAUUAACUUAAUAAAAUUUUCUUUAUUUUGUUCCUCAACGUAUACCAGCAUGUCCAUUUUCUUGUUUUCUACAUGUUUAUAAAAACACUCACAGUUUAAUAUCUCAGUGGGGACAGUUACUUGGAAUAACAGCAGCAACCUCUGUAGUUCAAUUUGUUCAUACUCUGUUUAUCUGAAGCCCCUGGGUGGUACACAUGGUAAAUGUGCUUGGCUACUAACUGAAAGGUUGAAGGUUCAAGUCCAUCCAGAAGUACCUCGGAAGAAAGGCCUGGUGACCUGUUUCCAAAAAAUCAGCCAUGGAAAACCCCAUGGAGCACGGUGCUGCUCUGAUGCAUGGAGGUAGUCUGUGAGUCGAGGUUGGCUCGGCGGCAGCUGGUGGUGGUAGUGGUGUUCACACAGCACCCUCUUGAAUCUGAGUGAUGGGGAAUAGCAAAAGAAUUUAUAUUAAAGAAAAAUUUCAUUCUCCCUCACCCGGUAGCUUCUCUUAGGACCAUCCCAAGAAAAGAGAAUUCUCUCAUCCAAAUUGAAGAUCUGUGGGGGCGGGGGGGGGGAGGUGAGGAGAGGUGUGGUCCUGAGGAGAAUGGAGGGAAAAGAAGGGACUUUCCUCCAUGGGAGCAAAACAGAUAAGUAAACUGGGUGACACAGACCAAUGCAUUCAAAGCUAGAUCUAUUUCAGUCUGCAUGCUCUGAAGGGAAGUGAGAAACCUAGAGCUAAGAUGGGUUGGGGCUUAAGGCUGAGUGCCAGAUGAAGCUCUAAGAAGAGAGGUGGUUUUAAACAAACAUGACAGUACUUAUCCAUUCAAGGGGGUGUAGACCUGUCAGUGUAUCACCCAGCUUAAUGACUGAGUCAUCAGGCUUAGUUUAAAGAGACCUCGUGUGUGUGUGUGUGUGUGUAUGGUAAAGAUACACAUAUAACAAAACAUUUGCCAAUUUGACAGUUUUUACAUGGACAGUCCAGUGACGGUGAUUGUAUCACCAUAUUGUGUAACCAGCACCACAGUCCAUCUUUCCAAAGUGCUCCACCACCAUGAGCAGAAGCUCGUGUCCCCUAAGCAGUGACUCCCUUUCCCCCCUCCCUCACACCCUGGCAAUCACUAAUAUACUCUGACCUCUAUACAUUUGCCUAUUUCAUGUAAAUGGGAGCAUACAUUUGUCCUUUUGUGACUGACUUAUUUCACUCAGCAUGUUGUGUCCAAGGUUCAUCCACGUUGUAUCAUGGAUCCAAACAUCAGUUUCUUAGAUACUUUUGAUCAUUUCUCUGAACCAAAUACUUUCAAAGGAUGGUGAUAACAGUUUCUAAAAAUCUGUGUCAGACUCUAGAUGUUUUUAAAGGAAGAGUAUCAGUAUCUUUGGAGUAAUGAUGGUGAUGAUGAUGACGCUAUAACACUUACUGAGCAGAGUUUGGACAGUGUCCCAGUGCCUCCAUUCUUAGAGAAGAAAAAACCUCAUGAAGUAAAUGGAUUUACCGCAAGGGCUGGGGCAUAUCUCAGUGUAUCAAUCUGAUAUUCUGAUUUUUCUCUGUGUAUUUCCCUCCACCUGUACUCUUUCUCUUUUUGCCUAAGGAUCAUUUUCCUCCCCCUCCCCACCCCCAUGCCAAAACCGAGACAUAGAAAGUACAGUUUUAAUAUGCAGUUCUACUCCUAUUUCCCACGAUUCCAUUGUAAUCAUCUCAGUGGGUCCCAGUUACUCAAUAGGCACCUUCCACAGACCAGGCAUCCUACUGGGCUUUGGGGAGAAGUCAAAGAAAUAGUGAAUGUGGUCCACGCCCUCAUGGAGCUUACGGUCUAACUGAGGAACCAAUACAUAUGUUCAUGAAAAAUGAAGUAGCAAUUCAAGUGUUACAGAACAUAAGACUACCAGAAAAUGUCUCAAGACAAUGAGAAGAGGAGACAGCAAGUGCUGUGAAGUAGAGGCAGGAGAGAAUCCUGGGGACUGAGAAGCCUUCACAAAGGAGGCCAGACUCAACUCAGCUCUGGCGAAUGGAGAAGAUGCCACCACUGAUGGUGUCUCUUGUGGAAAGAAGCUUCCUGUCUUUAUGUAAAGGAUAAAUUUAGCAAAGAAAAUCUGUGAUCCUUUACAUUGCUGGUGGGAAUGUAAAUUGCCAAAACCUCUGGGGAGAGUCAUUUGUUGGUAUCUAUCAAAAUUAUUCACUACCAGUCUGUUGGAUUGUCGUACCGUGUCGGCUUUUAUGUUGCCGUGAUGCUGGAAGCUAUGCCACCAGUACUUCAAAUACCAGCAGGGUCACCCAUGGUGGACAGCUUCCAGCAGAGCUUCCAGACUAAGACAUACUAGGAAGAAAGACCUAGCAAUCUAAUUCCAAAAAUUAGCCACUGAAGACCCUAUGUAUCACAACAGGAUAUUGUCUGAUAUAGUGCUGGGAGAUGAGCCUUCUAGAUUGGAAAGCAUUCAAAAUAUACAGUGGCCACAAAAAUGGACUCAAGCAAACCAUGAAGAUGGCACAGGACCAGGCAACAUUUCAUUCUAUUGUACAUAGGGUUGCCAUGAGUUGGAGCCAACUCAACAGGUUGCCAUGAAUUGGAGCCAACUCAACAGCAACUAAUAACAACAUUAAAAUUAUAAAUGACCUAGCAAUUCUACUUCUAGGAAUUUACCCUACAGCUGUAUUCUCAUAUGUGCCAACUGAAAUAUGUCUAAGGGUAUUCAUUGCAGCUUUAGUCUUAAUAACAAAACACUGGAAAAAACCCAAAUGCCCAUCAAUAGGGAACUGGUAAAAAUAAAUGGUGGUUUAUCCAAACUACAGAAUACUACAUUAGACAGCUACAGAAAUAAAAGAGGAAGUUCUUGCUGUAAUGACAGCAGUUCUCUAAGAUAGAUGUAUUGUCAGUAAAAAAAAAAAAAAAAAAAAGUAGGGUAACCC